AUGGACCGGGAAAAUCAGGACCACUCAAGCAAAGGCGAUAUUCAAGCCUGGAGCAAGCCGUGUCUUUACAAGGAGGAGGCCGAGAAGCUAGAAGCUGAAAAAACAAAAGAGAAUGUUCAAAAUAAUAGCGCCGUUGAUGAUGUUAGCCAGUCCGCAGAACAGCCAGCCCAGUCAACACAGACCUCCCAGCCACGAGAUCUAUGGCAAGCUGCUUAUGAACAGCUUGAUGAGACACAACAACAUAUUUUGUCGACCGAGCAGGUCUCUUCUGAGUCGGAUGAUAGGGGCGACAACCCAAGAGAUCUAAUUGAUGAGGUUAUCCAGACAACAAAGGAGGAGUAUGAAAAGUAUCAUCAGACUUCCCAUGGAAAGUUUAAACAGACCUCACACAAAAUUGUCAAUGCGGCACUUUCCUUCAAUGAUAUUGUCGGUUCGACUGCUGCACUUGACCCUACACAGCAUGCAGCUAGCGCCUGGGCAAUUGUCUCGCUUGGUCUAACGAUGACCAAGAACCACUCCGACCUACGAGAUGCUCUAUUUGAAUCAUCGGAAUAUCUCGCAGAUUUUCUUACAUAUUGUUCAUUUGUUGAGAUCAAUAUCUGGAGGAAAGAAAGCACUGAUGCCAGAAAUCGCUAUGUUGAAAAUUCAUUGAUACGACUUUACAAAGCUAUUCUGAGCUACAUCGUCCAAAUACGAAAGUCAUAG